AGAACGAGGCUCAUCUUCUAGGGUAGGGAAUUUCAGUGUAACUGUGGAAAUGAAAGGGUAGGAAUAACAGAAGUAUACUACAGUGUAUCAUGGUGAAGACUUUGUCAGAUGUAUGCUUAGAUUACAUUUGCAAUGCUAUUAGAGAGCUUGAUGAUAUCUGCUCAGCCCUAACGUUAGAACAGAAGGCAGAUGUCCUGCAACGCCUGGUGAUUCACCAAAAAUUGAGUGACAAUCUCUUUCCGACAAUCAAGAAACACCUCUUCUCUCAUGCGCUCUGUGAAAUUACUUUGCAGAACUGCCAACAAGUUAAUGAUAAAUUUCUCUCUCUGCUUGGACAGUCUUGCCUUGGACUGAGGUCACUGAAGGUUAUAAAUUGCUAUGAUGUAACAGAUGAUGGACUCAAACCUGUAUUUCAAAAUCUGAAGAAACUGAAGUCUGUUGUAUUGAAUGGCCUACCAAAACUUUCUGGCAGCUGUUUCACAUCAGCAUCAUGUCAAAACCUGUGCUCAGCAGACCUCCAGCAAAAUUACAACAUUGGGGAUACAGAGAUUUCAGCACUUGUGCAGAAUUGUAACAAAAUCCGUUACCUAAAUUUGUUCUCUUGUCAAAAGUUAACCGAUGUUGGAUUGGACAAUGUUGCAGGAUUUCUACUUGGAAGACUGGAGCAUCUGAACUGUUCUUAUAUUACUGGAAUAACUGACGUCACAUUGAUUUCCCUUGCAGACAGAUGUUUUAGUCUAAAAUGUUUGAAGCUACAUGGCUGCAGCAGAAUAACAUCUGUGGGCUUAAGAGCGGUAUUCAAAGCUUGCCCACUAUCGAUUGCUGAUUUGUCUUAUUGUUAUGAACUAUCAAAAGGACCUGAUAUACUAUCUGAUUGUCUUCCAAUAAGUUUAUCAAAGUUGAUUUUACGUGGUACUCAAGCCAGUCCAGAGUUUCUCCAUUCAAUGUCUUUGCGGUGUAAUUCCAUUCAUACGCUGAAGCUGUGUGGUAUUCAAUCGGUCAAUGAUGACCUUAUUUGUGAUAUUCUAGCUAAGAUUGGCUAUGGUAUAGAGAACCUAGAUUUGAGUUUUUGUCAAGGACUGACUGAUGUUACCCUAAAAACUAUCAUUCAACACUGUACAAAGCUGUCAAAGCUUGCAAUGAUGUACUGUCAUCUGAUAACUGGUAAGCCAUUGACCGCACUGAUGUCUAAUGAGAAAAAGAAACAAGCAACUGGGCUGCAUAAACUUGCUUUACAAGCCUGCAAGAAGUUUGACACAUCAUUGUUGUGUGGAUUGCUACCUCAUCUUCCAAACCUUAAAUAUCUUGGAGUGUCUGGUCAGCAUUUAUUUUCAGAUGAUGAAAUGUUUUCCCUUGCUAAGAACUGUACCCAUCUUCAAAAAUUGAACAUAAAGGGAUGCACAAGGGUUACAGAUUCUGGCAUAUGUGAGCUUGUUCGUUUCUGUUCUCAUCUGGAAUCAUUGGUUUUAUCUGGCCUGCAUCAAUUAACUGACAAAAGCAUAUUUUUAAUGGCUUCAAGUGUCUCCAGCAUUCUGCAGUUUCUUUACAUUUCUGGCUGCUCUAGAAUAUCCCAUCCAGCUGUUACUUACCUGAAGGACGUGUGUACCAAGUUGUUAUUUGUUGAGCACAAGGUCCCAAAUGCCGCUCCAGAUCAACUAAUGGCCAAGAAUCUCGAUACGGGUGAAUUUUGCAGAGCAGACCUCAUUCAUCAUUCUUCUCUGUACGGCAAUUGAAGGUCUGACAGAAAUCUAAUUAGUAUUUUCUACAAUUGAUUCAUUUAUUUGUCGCAAUUCUAAGGUUACUGUUACCUUGUUCGACAGACAUUAAAACUGGCCUAAUUGCAAAAAAUUGAUAAUACGGAGAUAAAGUUUAAAUAGCUGGAAACAACAAUUGACAAUACAGAGAUGCAGUUAAUAGCUUGAAGACAACAUUUUGCAAUACAGAAAGCAAUAUACCUCUUGUUGUUAGACACUCAGGGUGGAUUCCCUUUGAUUUAGGGACAACUUCCAAAUAUAAUUAAUAUUUGGCAGGAAAUGAUACCGUUUUACGUUUUGAGGCAUCAAUGAGAUGACACGAUGACCGUUUCGAAGCUUCAAGCCUAACUCGACCUUCUUCAAUUUUCUUAUGUAUUCAUGUAUUAUAAUUUGCUUAAAUUUUAGAUGUAGGCCGUAAUUUAAUUUGAAAUAUGUGGGUAGGUAUAGCUAUUUGGCAGCGUAAUGCUCCAACAAACAAGGGAAGGUGAAUCGCCCCUUAGGGUAUUACAAAACUUCAUAAAAUCACUUGAGACCGAUCACUUGAGACAAGUAAAGAAUAAUUAUGAUUGGAUGCUACUUAAGAAUAGGACAACUAAAGCCAAGGUAAGAUGACUGUCACAAAAACAACCGCGAAGAAUGCUAAUAAGAAUACCGAUCCGCGACACCAAAUCAUUGCCUAGUUUUUAUUUUUUGCUGAAAAGUGUUUUUCAAGGCUUUUGCCCCGAGCAAAUAUGGAAACUUUCAUUGACUCUGGUAACCGAAUUAGAUAUCUUUAUCAAGCUAGCCUGUGUCAUGGAAAAGUGUAAAAAUAUGUUAUUGGAAGUAUCAGUUCUUUCAUCCAUAAAAUUGUGGCCGGGUGUACCUAUAUAAUCACCUACUUGAGCAGACUGGUAGCAACAUGAUGCUUUAGGAUGCAAUACAGACAACAUAUCGUCAGACGUUUCUUUUGAAAUAUUUGAAAUGGUGAUAAUACACUGAUCAUAUGUAUUAAUCCUGUAGAUUAUAUCUCAUACCUUGUAUAUUAUAUAGUUGUGGAUAGAUUAUGAUAUUUUGGGGAAGUAAAAGAUUUCUUCUCUGUUUGCAUAUAUUUUAGUUUUUAAUCGUAGCCGAUAUAAUCCGCUUCUAUUAUACACUGUUUAUUAUACCUAAAAAAUUACAUUGCUAUUUAAAGUACGUAAUUAGAAGAUUUGUAUUCGAUUUAAAUGUUA